AGCACAAGUCUUUGAAUGCACACAGCUGCCACAUGAAAGUUACAAUAAAAUCAUGCCACCCAGCAGUUACUUUCACAUGGACUUUCCUUUUUCAGAAGACAGCUUAUAGAGAAAAAUGUGAUGUGGUUAUCUCUCCAUCCUCUGACUUUACUACUACAAAGUAAAUUGGCUGCAUGUAAAGAAACAAAUAAAAUCCAGAUAGGGUACAAAUUAAAGCUGUGAGAUACACCUUUCAAAUUUUCAAGAAGAAAGAAAUUAAAGACAGAAAAUGGUUAAAAACACAUCGCUGGAUGAUGCAACAAUUGACAUGCUUAAGAAUCCUUACAUUAUGAUCACCUUACCAAUUGUGUAUUCACUAAUUGUUAUUAUCAGUAUCCCUGGAAAUAUUUUCUCCCUCUGGAUUCUCUUCUUUCAUAUCAAACCCAAAACAACAUCAAUUCUUCUCAUGAUUAAUCUUAGCCUCACGGAUCUUGCACUGGCCUCCUGUCUUCCCCUUCAAAUUAUAUACCACAUGAAGAAAAACCACUGGCUUUACAGCAAACAGCUGUGCAGCUAUGUCACAAUAAUGUUUUAUGCAAACAUGUACUCCUCCAUACUGACUAUGACUUUCAUCAGCUUUGAGCGCUAUUUGGGGGUGGUAUACCCACUGACCUCCCAGAAAUGGAGAAAAAAGAGAUAUGCAAUUGCUACCUGCAUUGUAAUGUGGUUUUUUGUAUUAUUGUCCUUGUGCCCCUUUGCCAAAGCUGACCUUACUUAUGAAGUAAAAGAUCUGAACAUUACAACCUGUUUUGAUGUUCUUCAAUGGGAUAUGCUUCCAGGAAUUUAUGCAUGGGGAGCUUUCCUCCUGCUGCCCUUUUUUUUCUUUUUCUUGCUUCCAUUUACAGUUACAGUUGUUUGCUACACUGCCAUUAUUUGGAAGCUUAUUCAAGUUUCUAACAAAUAUGGCAAUGGGCAGAAGACACGGUCAGUCUACUUGGCUAUAAUAGUGCUUUUGGUUUUCAUCAUUUGUUUUGCACCCAACAACUUUAUCUUAUUGGUGCACAUCGUCAGUCGUCUCAAAAAAAGUGAAGGUUACUAUCACAUUUACAAACUCACCUUGUGCCUUAGUUGUCUCAACAACUGCAUAGAUCCAUUCAUUUACUACUUUGCAUCCAAAGAGUUUUAUCAGAAGUCCAUGCAGGUAGUAGGACGGAAGGUGCUACUGAGUGACAGUUCAGAUACUAGAAGGGAAAGUGUAUUGUCUAGCAAGACAUCAGCAAGAACUCUAUCAAGUGGACAUAAGGAUGGGUUGGAUGUGCUUACAAAAUGUUUGCAAAGGCAUGAAAGUGUUUUUUAACACUAAUGCUCAAAGAUGAAGAGAUUAUUCAUUGUAUUUCAUGAAACAAGAAAAGAACAACUGUACAAGCAAGAUUGGGAAACUCUAUUCAAUACCAAGAAAAAUUCUUGUCUUCAACUAUGGGAACUAUUAUACCCAUUGUAAUAUGUAGCAACAAGUAAAAUGUAAAGGAACAUUACCAUGCCACAAAUACAUAGCAGCAUUCAGCAAUGGCUCUGAGUUAAGUUUAAAUUGUAUGCUUAGAAUGGACACCCGGAAAUCAAUGUUAACUGACUUCAUUGUGCCUAACUCUACACAUUACUAAACCUGAAUCUACUUUCUUUGGGGAAACCCAAUAUAUAUUAUAAUCUUUAAAUUAUACCAGAAGAAAACAUAAAUAUUUUGGCAAAGUUACAACCUUUGAACUGAACUUCAUUAUCUGCCCAGUAUGCCUUUGGAGUUUCCUGGAUAUUUUAUGAUUAAUUCAUAUGCAGUUGAGAAUUGUUGUUCACAAUUGAUCUGUUUGUUUGUUUUUAUACAAAAUAGCUAGCCAAUUGUCAUUUCCUUAAACUUUUCAGCUUCAUUAUGUCAUAUAUCAUUAUCGGUUGAUCAGUC